UAAAAAAAAGAACAUUCACGUUUACCUACCAGGUUCAACUUUAUGAAAUAAAAAUAAAAUUAAAUUUUGAUAUUUGAACAAUAUUUCAACAAUAUUUUUAGACGGAAAUGACUGGUAAAAAAUGGUUUUUAUUAUUGAAGAAUUAUCUGAUUACAACGAAUAAUGAGUGCAUUGCAUUAACUUUUUUAUACAGUUAAAGACAAAUUCAAAUUCAUUGAAUAUCUGGCGAACAUUUUUUAACAGUUGUGCAUUGAACAUAACGGUUGUUCUCAAGAAGAAAGAAGAAACCUUUAGUAAAAUGUAAAAUAAUCGUUUUAAGACUGAUUUAUAUAAAUUGAAACAUAGUAAUUGCAAAUAUGGCAGAAUCGUCAAAGGUUGAUUACGUACCGGAAAAUGGUGAGACAGUUACAAUAGAAAUUGAAAAAGCCAACAAAACAAAUAAAUCUUUACCUUGUCCCAAUUCUGUCCAUGACAUUGAACUGGAUUUAAAAUACCGCCUGCUCGUUUUGUACCUGACAAUUUCUCUGUGUAUUAUCGGGAGCAUACUAGUUGUCCUCUGGAUGGUUUACAAUCGACGAAUCUCAAAAAAAUUCAAUCACUUAUCAAGAGUGAAUGCUUUCAUCCUUAAUCUGACUCUAGCGGAUGUGCUUGUUAUAUUACUUGCUGUAUUUCCUCAGCUGAUAUGGGAAUAUGUUGACAGGGAGUGGGUUGCUGGUGACGUUAUGUGCCGUCUUGUAAAAUUUCUUCAAAUCUUCUCGAUGGUCUCCAGUAAUUAUAUGCUUGUUGUGAUAGCGUUGGAUAGACACCAGGCUAUCAGAUCUCCACUGAAAGAGAGUAUUUCGCGGAAACGUGCGUAUGUAUGGAAAAUGGCUGGAGCGGGUUGGGCACUGGCCUUUAUAAUGUCAUUACCGGUGAUGGGUAUAUUUCAUACAAAAGCUAAUAGAGAAAAUGGGAAGAUAUACUGUGAAAACAUUUUUCGCAAUCUUCCACUUCUGCACAGACAGAUAUGGGUCACAUGGAAUUUCUUCGUUGUGUUCUUUGUACCUUUGAUCAUGCUAGUUGUUUGCUACACGAGAAUAUUUUUGAAGAUAUCUAGAAAAGCUAACCAGAACAGCGUUAAACAUAAGCCAGGAAAAGUGUGUUUGCAAAGCACACAUUCGAGUUCCCUGCCUAGGGCCAAGCUUAAAACGCUGAAAAUGACAUUUGUGAUAAUUCUGACGUUUAUCGUGUGCACGAUGCCAUACUUUAUAGUAGAAAUGAUUAUGAGUUAUGGCAAUCAUUGUAUCAUUUCGAAGAAAUUAUACGCACUUUUGGGCGGUAUGGCUGCUUGCAAUUCAGCGACCAAUCCCUAUGUAUUUUUGCUAUUCAAUGUACAAUUUAAUAAGCUUAAAAAGCUGUGUAACUGCAAAGAAUCGGAUAGUCCUAUGAAUAGGGGACAGCAAUCCUGUCAUACUGGAACAACGGGAGUUUCCUCCCAUUCAACAAUUCAUAAGAACAAUAUAAAUCCAAAUCCAUUCUUUCGUCAGGAUACAACAGAUAGCCAAAUGGAAAUGAAAGUUAUGUUUCUUGGAAAAUAAUCAUGCUUCACCAUGGAGAGCAUUAAUGUGCAAUUGAAUAACACAUUGGAUUCCUAGAAAAAAUCAUGUUACUGAUUAUAGUGGAUUGGUCAAUUUAAACAAAUAUGUAAAUAUUUAAAAAAAACACUAGAAGUGUAAUCAUAGUGAUUUAUAUAAUAUGUCGUUCAAAGUUUUAAGUGAUUUAUUAUGUAUAUACAUAUGAUGAAUAAUAAUAUCUUAAAAUAUUUUUGAACAAUGUAUUAUCUGCAAUGUAUAUUAAGAUAUUAUAAUAUUAUAAUAAAACAUCGGAUCACAAUUGACAAACUCUAGCUUACAUGUAUAUAAUCAUUUUGUUGUUUAUUGUUUUGGUGAUGAUAAUAACUAUCAACAUAACUAUGUGUGAUAUUAUAAACCUUGCCUAAUGGACCAUUUCGCUAGAAAAACUUGAAUAUAUUGUAAAUUUAAUUAUGACUAUAUGAGGCACUUACUGUGAUUGUGCUUGAAUGCUACGUUGUCGUGUUUUAAAAUAGUGUCCUUAAUAUGCUUUGUUAAAUAAAAUAACCACCAAGUUAUAUAGCAGAAACAGGUAUUAUGAUAUUGAAUUGGUAAAUAUUGAUGUCGUAAAACGCAAGGGAUACUAUGGACUGAGAGAAUAAUAACUAUGACAUCAGAAUUUUUUGGUGAAUUUAAGAAAUACAAUGAUAUAAUAAUGUUUAUCAAAAUAUUGAGCAUUCUAAUUAUACAUGCAUUAUCAUUUGUUGUUCUUUUGAAACUGACGUUAUAGAUGUAUAAUUAAAAUGAUUUAUUAAAUAAUUAUUAAAAUGAGAAAAAAAUAAUAUUUUAUGUUCUCAGGAAUAACGUGUAUGUGCACUGGUUAUAUUUUUAUACUGUUAUAUCCAAUGCCAGAUAAAGAGUUGCAAAAUCAAGAUUCUAAACUCAACGGUAAUGGUCACAGCAAGGAAUUUAUCCCGACGCGUAUGCUAUAAAGUCUAACGUGAGCCUGGAGCUCGUUUCCGGUCAUUAAAAAAAAUCAGUGUUACGUGCAAGAUAUAAGUCCGAGCUUAAUGAUUAUGUUCACAAUAAAAGAUGGAACCUUCCAAAUGUGUUAUAAAGUCUUACCGCUUGUAUUUGUGUCCGCCAAAUGACAGUUUCAUGAAUUUAGAAGGCCAGUCAAAAUCAGUUUGAUUUUCUAUAAAUUUUCUGGGAAUUGGCCAUUCUAAAAUAAAAUGUAAAGUAUAGUUAUUGUCAUUUUUAGAGAAUUAUUAACAAAAAUGUGAAGAAUGGUGACUGAUUUGUGCCAAGAUAAAAAAGGGGAGGCGCGAAGCGAAAACAGGCUAAUUAAAUAAUAAAACAUCGUCCCUUGGGGACGCCUGGCGAGAUUUAAAAAAUAAAACGGCGGGGCGCGGAGCAAAAACACUCUAAUUACCGUUUUAUUUCUGAAAUCUCGCGCUUGUCGCGGAGUGACGAUUUAUUUAUUAAACUUCGGCCAGCGCCCUGGCUAGUUAUAGUGUUUUUGCUCAGAGCCACCCCAUUUUAACUUGUUAAUUCUCGAUGUUUCGCUUGGCGGGGUCCCGGAAAGAAAACACGCAAAUAAGCGGGGGGGGGGGGAGACGUUUUAUUUACUAAACUUCGCCCCGCGCCCUCCCUAAUUAUAGUGUUUUCGCUCAGCGCCACCGCCAUUUUAACUUGUUAAUUCUCGAUUUUUCGCUGUGCGGGGUCCGGGAAGCAAAGAGGCUAAUAAGCGGGGCAGCGCGGAGACGUUUUAUUUAUUAAACUUUGCCCGCGCCCCCGCUAAUAAACGUGUUUUCGUCCCUUGACCCCGCCGUUUUAUUUCUUAAAUCUUGCACCGCGGCCCCGCAGAGAGACUUUUUUUUAUUAAACUUCGCCCGCGCCCUCGCUAAUUAGCGUGUUUUCAUUCAGUGCCCCGCCAUCUGAACAUGUUUAUUUUUGACUUCUCUCUUUUUUUUCAAUAUAAUAAUUCUCUUCAUACUAUAUGCAACAAUUCUCACUCAGAAGGGUAAGAGAGUAAAAAAUUAUACAACUGAUUACAGCAGUGCAAAGCGCGAGUAAAUCGUGUAACAAAUAUUUAUUUAUAAUUAUAGAUAUGACGUCUCGGGAGAUUAUAGAAAUCUGUAUCAGUAUUGUGUAUUCUUCUUAGGUAUAUUAUACAUGUAUAACUUUCAAUGUAUAGAACGGAAGCGAAUAUAAACUUCCAACACUGUGAUAUGGCUAAUAGCGUGGGGAUAUUUUUAGAAACAAACUCAACAAAAUAUAUCUUAAUUCCUGAUGCAACAAACCUUAAUGAUAAUGGUAAAUCAUAAAUUGAUGAAUAAUUACAAUAAUUGUUUAUAUCGUGUUGCUACUUUCAUCUUUCACAUAAGUUACAUUUAAUUCACCACUCACCAAACAUGAAACAUGCUAUAACAUUUUGUAGCUUUUGUUAGAAUUAUUAGAAUAUUCUCGUAAAGGUGUUGAUGAAAUAACUCAUACAGUACACCGUCUGUAGUUUAUGAUUUAGGAUGGAAAAUAAUUCUUCGAAUUCUUGAAUGUUAGAAUAUAUAAAAGAUAAUAUCAGAACACUUUCACAUGUUAUUUCCUGUAAGACAUUUAAAAGAUAAUAACUAUUGUAAUUCAGUUAUGAAUUAAGAUGGGAGAAAAUGGGGAAUAACAUGUAAUUAGUUUGAAACAACAUUUCAUUUGACGCAUUAAUAAUCCUCAUUUCAAAGAAUGCAAACAAAUUCCAAAAAUGUUUUAUAAAAAAAAACUAGAAAAAUGAAAAGCAAAUGACAUAAUGAGGAGAAAGUAAUUGCACUUAAAAACAAGUCAUUUCCAAUGAAGUCCUAUAAAUUCUUUUUUCCCUCUCGUCAAUCAUAUUUCGAAUAAAAAUCUUGAUAAUGUGUCAUUUUUUGCAAAGUGGUUUAAGUGCAGUUGGCCCUAUGUGACCUAAGAGUAUGUUUUCUUUUGACAGUUGUAAUAUGCAGGCUACAUUAUCUCUGAUUCCCUUUCAAAAUUCCAUUUUAUUGAGUUCCUCCAAAUUUUUUCUCGGCACACGUAUUCAUUAAAGGUGGUAACAUACGCCGCAGUUAUGGAAUGGUACUCAUGUCACAUUGAGGGUUCCAUGAUAACCACUACAUAAACAUAUUUAAUAUUCUGUGGAUGUUUUUUUUUAUCUCCAUUUUGUUAAGGUCCCUUAGCUAGAACCUAAUGCACCUGAUCGUUAUUAAUUUGGACUUCUGUCAUGUACAGAAGCUAUUCACUUAACUUAUUCAAGUUUCGUAGUUCUACCAAGUUACCUGUUCGUGCCUGAAAUUAUGAAACUAUACCAUUAAAGCUGUAAUGUCGCCACCUGACCUUACCCCUUUUUGAGAGACAGUUAUCGAAAUGGUCAUAAUUAUAGCAUAUUUUAAGGUUCCUUACAUAACAUGUGCUAGGUAAAGAAUGUAUAUGUUCGUUUCCAAUCGUACAUUUGUGACCAGUAAAUUUUAAAAGUG